AUGUGCCAUCCAACCUGCAAUGACAUCAACUCCCCUCGCCGUAUCUGGAUCGAGAUUGACUCCCAGAUUUUGAAUGCCCUAUUCUGUGUCACGGGGUUUGGUCUGGCGCCAUGGCGCUUCCGGGAUCUCUACUUUCUUCUGAAAUAUAGACUGGGUGGUCAAGAGAUUGCCCUUCGACGGCUGGCAGGAAUUCAUCGAGGCUGGUUCCGCUUACAGGGAUCCACGGAUCUGGAACCAUCCAUCGGCCCAGACAACGUCGCAAAUCGAGCCAAUAAGCUAGACUCUGACCCUAUACCCUACCCUGAAGACAAGACUCCCGAUGCACCUCUGACUGGUGUACGAGCCCCCGCCACGGCUUUGUGGAGGCUCGAUUUUGUGAUCUGGUUCAUGGUGGGCAACACGCUGCUUCAGUGUGUCCUCUGUGGAUUCAUGUGGGGAAUGAAUAGAUACGAUCGACCCAGCUGGUCUACGGGUCUCUUUGUUGGGUUGGGCUGCACUGUAGCCAUCAUUGCUGGGCUCGUCAUGUUCUUUGAAGGCAAGGCUGUCAAGGGCGUCGAAGGUGUACCAGUUAGCCAGGCGGACAUGGAAAUGCUUGCGAGAGAUAGGGAGCGAGGCAUCUACCAUUUUAAUAAUAUGGGGGACAAGGACGAGGAAAGAAGAAAGAAGGAGUUAAACAAGGGCCACGGUGAGCCGGGGAGAAUGAAAGGGGCUGGUGGCCUGGUAAAGGAUAGUGAAGAUUUAUAA